AUGAUUAGUCUAACGAGAGCUUUAAUCCCCACUGGGUUAUGCGAAUGGCCUAAAGUGGUCAUACGCGAUUCCAUCAUUUCCCCCGAGUUAGGCACGCAGGCCAAUCCUAUCGUCAUCGGCGAUGAUCUUGCUCCAUUAGGCUCGGCUUCCAAUCCCAUCGUGAUCUAUGUUGGCGAGUGUUCGUGCCGUAAUGGGACAGACCAGGUUGGUUUUGAUGCCGACACUGAGAUCAUGACUACACUGGAAUUCUGGGAGACGUUGAUCGGCGGAGACUUCACCGUCCCUGCAGACGAAGGUGAAGCUGUUGUCCAUCCGCCAAUCAGAUCGCUAGUCCGUGAGGACCCAGAAGACCUUCAAUCGAAGAGCUAUAUGAAAUAA